AUCACUCACUCUCACACGGUGCUGCCUUCCCUUCCCGCCGUUCAUCGGAGGAUUAAAACCCCCGGAUUCCGGUGAGUAUGGACCUCGACGACCUAGACGGGCCGAGCAAGCCUGCUAGGGUCUCCAGGUUCAUUCCACGGUCCAAAAACGCCCCGCCGAGACCGAAACCCGAACCCGCCGUAAAAAAAGAGCCCUCGAAACCGGUCCCGAAGUCCGACCCGAAGACGCCGCAGCUACUCCAGCCCAAGCCCGAAGCACUCGAUGACGCGGCGGAGAAGAAAGAGGAGAAACAAGAAGAAGCAUGCGCCGACGGAGAUGACUCCAACGGCGCCGUGAAAAUGGAGACCGGUGAAGAGCCGACGGUGGAGGACGACGAUCCUUUGGAAGAAGACGACGAUGAAGAUGUCGUCGUUCGUGAAAUUGACGUGUUCUUUAAUCCUAAUGUGGAUUCCAGCACUCAGUUAUACGUGUUGCAAUAUCCGCUGAGGCCUCGGUGGCGGCCGUAUGAGCUGGAGAAUCGAUGCGAGGAGAUUAGAGUGAAGCCUGGCACUGCUGAAGUGGAGGUGGAUUUGUCUAUUGAUCUUUACUCGAAGAACUGUGAUCAAGAGUUUGCUGACAGGCUCAAAAUGACAAAGCAGACUUUGGCUACGGAAUGGGGUCCCUGCCGUUCAACUGGCUAUGCCGUUGGGGUUUUGAUGGGCAACAAGUUACACUUGAAUCCUGUUCAUGCAGUUGUGCAGCUCCGACCAUCACUGGACCAUUUAAAGCCUGGUGGCUCAAAAAGGAAAGGCAGGGUCACUGGGGAUGUAGAACUUACAGUUAAAAGAGAAAAUGUUAGUGAGGGAAAUUUUUUGCCUUCAUCAAAGAAACAGAGCAAGCGUGUGGAGUCCUCAACUGAAGAUGAAGAGAGUUGGGUUCCACUUCAGUACCAUGGCUCAGAAAGUGAUUUUUCGGCUAGAUAUUUAAAAAGAAUGGUGGCACAAGACAUUUCUCCCAUAGAUUUUACAAUGACUCCGUAUGAUUAUGUUAAUUCCUUGUGUCCUAGAACAUGCAAAGGUUCUUCCAAAAGGGCUCUACUGAACCUGCCUCUGGAGGAGCGCAUCCAGACGUUGCUUGUUAAGGAACCUGUAGCUCGUCGAUUCAGUGAUCUUAAGAAGUACUAUGCUCCUCGGAACCAGGAUAAAGAACUCUUGGAUGUCCUUCAAAAGAAUGGCCUGUUGCUGCGUGAUCUCUGGGUUCCAAAAACUGCAUUGCUAUAUCCCAAGAAAGAGGGCUCUUCUAGAAAGAAAGAGGAUGAUAAUCUCCGUACUGCUAGAAAUUUCAUUCUAAAUUCAUUCAAGAAGAACCCUGUAAUUAGUUAUUCAGAACUAAAUGUCUACCCACGCCUAAAGCCACAUUUUGACGAAACCUUGAGAUUCUUAGCUGUCUACAGACCUUCAACUCGAGAUUGGAAAUUGAAAGAGCAAUCAGAUGUAUCAUUUGCAGAACUCUAUCCAGAGAUUCAUGAAAGCCAGGAACAGAUAUGGGAAAGGAUGGACAAACAAUUGGUAGAAGCCUUAAAGCCUCACCGUGAUUUGAAGAAUGCUAGCAUAAGUAAGAUUGGGAAAUCACCAUAUUUUGAUAAAGGUCCUAGUGAAAGUGCAAGCAGAAUUCCCAGUGGAGGAGUGAGAACCAUUUCAGAUGAAACUCGAGCAGCUCUACCUCAUUUCAUCAAGGAAGUUUUUAAGAAAUACAAGGUUUGCAACCUUCAGCUGAUACGUGAUGGAUUAUCCAAAUUGACAGUUGAAGAAUUCAAUAUGCCAAAAAAUGAUCCUAAGAGUAAAAUGUUAAUAGCUGCAAAGAAUGCCUCUGAGGCUCCUCUAGAAGUGAUACAGAACUUCGUAACUCAAGUUGCAAUAGAGAUUGGUGGUGUGUAUGUUUUGAAAUCUUCGCCAGAGCACCCAGAGCACGAUCAAUUAAGGAACGUUGUAAUUAAACUUCUACAAGGUAAGAAUAAAGGGCCACUUAAAAAGCUGGAUGUUACGAUAGCUGCUCAGGAGGAACUUGGGAGGGAAAUCACGAAUAAUGAAUAUAGCAAGGUCAUGAAUGAUAUUUGUGUGUCCAAGGGUUCUCAAUGGUACCUGAGAACGGGGGAUGGCGGUCCGAAAUAACACCGAAGAACUGAGGAUUGAAUCGACGAUGUUAUUAGUUUUUGGGGUUCCAGGAAACCAUGUUGUAGAUUAUUGUUUGUGCCAACACUUCUAAGUGUAUCUGGAUGAACUUUGAUAGAUUUAUAGAGCUUGCAUGUUUUCUGUGGUUGAAA